GUCAGGUGGGUGGCAAGUAAGGUAACAACAAUAACAUCUACAGAAACUUCAGCUUCUUUUGAUGCAUCAUCAUCUUUUUGCUUUUACAGAUAUCUCCAUACCAAGGAAGGCAAAAAAUGAAGCUUCUUAGCUUUCUCUUCUUGGCCUCCAUGGUGGCCAAGAGCAGUCAGUUAACAUGCCAAAAUGAACUGAGACGUCCAGAAAUCACCGACAUCGCAGUUGAAUGUGGCACGUCCUCGGUUAGCCUGGCUAUCCAGAUCUGCCCCGUCGUCUACACCGGCUACAACGAGUCUCUGCUCAUCCUCAACCACCUGUUCGACAAGCCAGAGUGUAAAGGAACCUUGGAUGAAUCCGUCACCCCGCCUGUUGUCAGGUUCACCUUCCCGAUCAACAUGACCAACGCUUGUGGCAGUACCUUCCUGACCACCAGUGCAGCUGGCACGGGGAUCUUUGCCGACUUCUCCAACAUCCAGACGGUUAACGUCAGUGGUGUGGUGCGCUCCCACGAUCCAACCGAGGGGGUCGUCACCUAUAACGCUGAGCUCAAAUAUUACUAUUCCUGUGCUUACCCUUUGGAGUAUCUCAUCAACAACACCCAGGUGGACGUGUCAGCGUCCUCCAUUGCGGUGAGGGACAACAAUGGAAGCUUCAUCAGUACUUUAAGCAUGGAACUAUUCAGUGAUGCCAACUACAUCACUCCUCUGGUCAUACCGUCGCUGGGCUUAGAGCUGAGAACUGACGUCUUUGUCCAGGUCAAAGCAGCCAACUUGACCAAUCAGUACCAUGUCCUCAUGGACCGAUGCUACGCUUCGCUCUCUCCUCAACCCACCAACUCCACUUUCUUCAACCUGUUUGUCUCGUGCUCUAAGGACCAGAUGACCACCAUGAGUGAGAACGGGGACAGCCACCACGCCCGCUUCUCGUUCCCGGCCUUCAGGUUCGUUGAGCAGCAGAACGAGACGGUGUCCACCUACUACCUGCACUGCAUCACCAGACUCUGUGAGAUCAGCACCUGCGGUGACUUUAAGCAAUGUAACAACAGGAGGAAAAGGGAUGCUCAGUCCAAUGGCGUUUCAGAAGCCACCACGCUGUCCUCAGCUAUUCCCAUCGUCACCAGGAAUGAGAAUUCGCUGAUAUCUAAAGAGGAAGCCGUGUCCAGCAGCAGUGACUCAGACUCCAGGAUGGGUCUCGGGAUAGCGGUGGGCGUCCUCACUCUGGCCGUCGUCGUGGUUGUAGCUGUGGCAGCUGUCCUCUACAGGAGGCUCAGGCCCUUUUAAAGGAGAGCAGCAGGCCCCUGUAUGCACCGCUCUGGACAAGCUAACCUGUUGGAUGAAUUGAUGGUGUAGAACUAUGCUCAGCUUAAUGUUACUCUUAAUGUGUUUUUUUUUUUCUCUUGUAGCAUGC